AUGGGCAACCGUUUCUCACCAUCAUAUUAUGUUUGCCAAAAUGCCACAGAUCUUAAUUCAUAUUUUCAUGCCUUUUUUCCCAGCCCUGGACUGAGAUCAGAUGUAAGCUCUUCUCCAUCCACAACCUCAGCGACUACGGGACCACCUCCCAAGCUCUGCCUCGUGUGCUCUGACGAGGCCUCUGGGUGUCAUUAUGGUGUUCUUACUUGUGGCAGCUGCAAAGUGUUCUUCAAAAGAGCUGUGGAAGGGCAGCACAACUAUCUCUGCGCUGGAAGGAACGACUGCAUUAUCGACAAAAUCCGGCGGAAGAACUGCCCGGCGUGCCGCUAUCGGAAAUGCCUCCAGGCGGGCAUGAACCUCGAAGCUCGCAAAACGAAGAAGAAGAUAAAAGGCAUUCAGCAGGCCACUGCCACGGGCACCAGGGAUGCUGCCGAAGCUGCUGGAAAUAAGAGCGUGGUUCCCGCAUCGCUGCCGCAGCUCACCCCCACCCUGGUGUCACUGCUGGAGGUGAUCGAGCCCGAGGUGCUGUACUCAGGCUACGACAGCACGCUGCCCGACUCCAGCUGGCGCAUCCUGUCGACCCUCAACAUGCUGGGAGGACGGCAAGUGGUGGCUGCAGUCAAGUGGGCAAAGGCAAUACCAGGUUUCAGAAACUUACACCUGGAUGACCAAAUGACCCUUCUGCAGUACUCCUGGAUGUUCCUAAUGGCUUUUGCUUUAGGAUGGAGAUCAUACAAACAAUCAAAUGGAAAUCUCCUGUGCUUUGCACCAGACCUGAUUAUUAACGAGCAGAGAAUGAAUCUACCCUGUAUGUAUGAACAAUGCAAACAUAUGCUGAUGGUUGCCCGCGAGCUGUCACGGCUUCAAGUCUCAUAUGAAGAGUAUCUCUGCAUGAAAACAUUGCUUCUCCUCUCUACAAUUCCUAAGGAAGGCCUGAAGAGCCAGACUUUGUUCGAAGAAAUUCGCAUGACAUACAUAAAAGAGCUGGGAAAGGCCAUCGUGAAAAGAGAAGGGAACUCGAGCCAGAACUGGCAGCGGUUCUAUCAGCUGACGAAGCUGUUGGACUCUAUGCACGAUGUGGUUGAAAAUCUUCUGAGCUUUUGCUUCCAGACGUUUUUGGAUAAAUCCAUGAGUAUUGAGUUCCCAGAAAUGUUGGCAGAAAUCAUCAGCAACCAGAUACCAAAAUACUCAAAUGGAAAUAUAAAGAAGCUCUUAUUUCAUCAGAAGUGACUGCCUUAAUACAAAAGGGUUGCCUUAAGAAAACGUCAAAUGAUAGCUUUUUUCU